CCUCUCUGUGCCUUCAGGCCUUUCAACAACCGCUGGGCACCAACCGGAGGCUCUGAAGAGAGGAAGAGGAGCCCAGGGCUGACCCGAGGAGAUGCCUGCAACUCGUGGGCAGCCAUCUGAGCCCAUGGAGGCACCCAGUGCGUCCGAGACAGCCUUGUGGCCUCCGCUGCCCUGUGGCCCCUGCAUCCCCAUCAUGCUGGCCCUGGCCUCCCUCGCCGCCUUCUUCAUCCUGACUACAGCCGUGUUGGCCGAACGCCUGUUCCGCCGCUCUCUCCGCACAGACCCUGGGACCCACCACGCACCCACCCUGGUCUGGCGCCCCGGAGGGGAGCUGUGGAUCGAGCCCACAGGCACGGCCCGAGAGCGCUCUGAGGACUGGUAUGGCGCAGCAGUCCCCCUGCUGUCGGGCAGGGCCCCAGACCCUCCCACCCCUGGGGGCACUUUGGAGGCCCAAGCAAGCGCCCCACUUGCCCCUUUAGCCCCACACUCUGCUCCCAGUUCCUUGGUCCUCCAGACCCCACCUGAGGUCCCAGCCCAAAGCACCUUCUGGGGGCCCCAGCCCCAGGAAGAGAGGCCCCAUACCACGGGCCUGGUGAGUUGGGCUGAGCCUGAGCUGAGGUCAGAGGUCAGCAUGCAGUUGGGGAGCCCUAAGGCCUGGAGGCAGAGGCCAGGGAGCCCUGAGCCUGACUGGGGACUCCAGCCUCGGGUCACCCUGGAGCAAAUUUCAGCAUUCUGGAGGCGGGAAGGCCGGACCAGUGUGGGGUUCUGAAUCCCCAGAGCCUGUGUGACUGGCCUCCCAGAGACCCCUACAAAAGGCCCCAUAUCCAAGGGACCAUGAGAUCCCAGGCUUCAGCCUCAGGGCUGGUCUUGAGGCUGCCCCAGAGAAGAUAUUCUCUCAGCCUUCUGUCUGUAUUUCAAUUCUCCUGAGCCUGGACGGUGGGCAGCCUGAGUGUGGACAGAGUCGUGCUCCAGGGAACCCAUAGGUGCCUCUGCUUAAUACUCUGAGCUGUGGCUCAGAGAACCGGAAGUGCUGCUGACAGAAAGCUCCAAGACUGAUUUUCAGAGUAAGAACUCAAGGUAACAGACAGGAAAUAGUGUCAACCCAGCCACUUCCACCUUCUAACAGUGUGUGUCUAUGAUGCCCUAUGAAAGCAAAGGGAUGGAUGGUGACUUGUGGCCUGGAUGUGAGAUGUCAAGAGAAAGAGACAGUUGUGUUGGCAACAGAUGACAGGAAUCCAGCCUCCCGGAGCCACAAAUCUUAUCCCUCCGAAGCCAUUCUAUCCCUAACUGCUGUGAGGUCCUCAGGAAAACGCAGAAGACGAGAUCAAGCAAAGGAGCCUUUUAUUACAUAUGAACUAUGACUCUGACUCUCAAAUGGCAAAGGAACUUGCUGAGCCAAGCUGAAGGGCCCUUCUCUUGCCUGGAGUUGGGACUUAAAGUCAAAGAACAGGCUCCUCUGCCCAUCUGCCUAUGGCUGACUCAUCUCAGCCCUCUGAUCUUACUCCAGGGUGAGGAAAACCUGGGCCAAGAAGAACCCAAUCUGGUCAAACUUGGAAAGAAGACUUUCCAAAAUGCAGUCUCUGGCCAUCGUCCCUCUCAGCUUUCUGCAUAGUCCACAGAGACAGGCUUACAUAUGACUGACCCCAUAGAAAUGGUACCCCAAAUGCCUGUGGGUCUACUAACUGACCUCCCUACUAGGAGAGGAGCUAUGGGUGGCAAGUUUCUAUUCCCUGGUUUUUCAAUUUCUCAAA